AUGCCGACCAUGUGGCUCACAGACACGCAAAAGAUCGGAGUCGCCUUCUGCUCAGGGGGCGGCUUCUUUCUGCUCGGCGGCGUCAUGAUGUUUUUUGACCGCAGCAUGCUCGCCAUGGGCAACAUCCUCUUCCUAAUCGGCCUGACCCUCAUAAUCGGCGCCCAGAAAACGCUUUCCUUCUUCGCGCGCCGGCAGAAGUGGAAGGGCACCGCUGCGUUCACCGCCGGCAUCAUACUCAUCCUCAUGCGCUGGGCGUUCUUCGGCUUCAUCAUCGAACUGUACGGCAUACUCGUUUUAUUCGGCGACUUCUUCGCCACGAUUGCGGGGUUCGUGGGGAAUAUUCCUGUGGUCGGGCCGUAUAUUGCGAAGGCCUUGGAAAGAGUGGGCGCGGUGAGCAGGAGCCAGGAGUCGGCGGUUUGA